AUUUGGGGACGUUUAUGAUUGUGAAUUAGAGGUGAGCAGAACUUUUCCAGAGCAUGAAACAUCUGCAGGAGCCAUCAGGAUUUCUCACUGCCGAGAGAGCCAAUGAAUUUUUAAUAAGUUCUGAGCACUGUGGUCAGAUCAACUGCUGUUAUCUGAUAGAGGCAAAAUUCACCCUUUGAUUUCCACAAUCCUACCCAAAUGGAGUCUUCUCCUUGCUGUGAGCUGUCCUAACUGACACCACAGGAUUAGCGGGCCUGAGAGAUGCUGCAAGAAAUAAGACACUCGGGUGAAAGAGAUCACCACAGCACAGUCGACGAGGCAUUUUGAGAAUGAGAGCUUACCAUUCUUCACUGAGCUUCAGCCAACUGCUACCAGAUACUGGUCAAGAGGGGAGGCAGAACAGAGAGCAGCCCCUAACCUCAGACUAAAUCUGAAUGUGACUUCCUGAACCAGAAUGGAGGGGGAAUCUUACCACAACGAAACCACGGUCAACGGCACCCCAGUAAAUCACCAGGCUUUGGAACGCCAUGGGCUGUGGGAGGUCAUCGCUAUUGCAGCUGUUACAGCUGUGGUCAGCCUGAUGACCAUUGUGGGCAAUGUCUUGGUCAUGGUCUCCUUCAAAGUCAACAGUCAGCUCAAGACAGUUAACAACUAUUACCUGCUCAGCUUGGCCUGUGCAGACCUCAUCAUUGGCAUCUUCUCCAUGAACCUCUACACGACCUACAUUCUCAUGGGUCGCUGGGUUCUCGGGAGUUUGGCUUGUGACCUUUGGCUUGCACUGGACUAUGUCGCCAGCAACGCUUCUGUCAUGAACCUUCUGGUGAUUAGCUUUGACCGUUACUUUUCCAUCACAAGACCACUGACAUACCGGGCCAAGCGUACCCCAAAGAGGGCUGGUAUAAUGAUUGGCUUGGCCUGGCUGAUCUCCUUCAUCCUCUGGGCGCCGGCAAUCCUCUGCUGGCAGUACUUGGUUGGGAAGCGGACAGUACCACCCGAUGAGUGCCAGAUCCAAUUCCUGUCCGAGCCCACCAUCACUUUCGGGACUGCCAUCGCUGCCUUCUACAUCCCUGUCUCCUUCAUGACUAUACUCUACUGCCGGAUCUACCGCGAAACAGAGAAGCGAACCAAGGACCUGGCUGACCUCCAAGGUUCCGAUUCUGUGGCAGAAGCCACUAAGAGAAAGCCGGCUCCCAGGACCCUGCUCAGAUCUUUCUUUAGCUGCCCUAGACCCAGCCUGGCCCAGAGGGAAAGGAAUCAGGCCUCCUGGUCACCUUCCCGCAGAAGAACCUCAACCACGGGGAAGCCAGCCCAGGCCACUGGCCUAAGUGCUGACUGGGACAAGGCUGAGCAGGUCACUACCUGUAGCAGCUACCCCUCCUCCGAGGAUGAGGCCAAGCCCACCACUACCCCUGUCUUCCAAGUGGUCUACAAGAACCAGGCUAAGGAAUUCAGUACUGAAGAGAGGAAGGAAACUUUUGUGAGCGGGCAGACUGAAAACAAUGACUAUGACACUCCCAAAUACUUCCUGUCUCCGGCUGCAGCUCACAGACUUAAGAAUCAGAAAUGUGUUGCCUAUAAGUUCCGAUUGGUGGUAAAAGCUGACGGGACCCAGGAGACUAACAAUGGCUGUCGCAAGGUGAAAAUCAUGCCCUGUACCUUUCCAGUGUCCAAAGACCCAUCAACAAAAGACCUGGAUCCCAACCUCAGCCAUCAAAUAACCAAACGAAAGAGAAUGGUCCUAGUCAAAGAGAGGAAAGCAGCCCAGACCUUGAGUGCCAUUCUCCUGGCCUUCAUUAUCACAUGGACCCCUUAUAACAUCAUGGUCCUGGUUUCCACCUUCUGUGACAAGUGUGUCCCUGUCACCUUAUGGCACUUGGGUUACUGGUUGUGCUAUGUCAACAGCACCAUAAACCCCAUCUGCUAUGCUCUCUGCAACAGAACCUUCCGGAAGACUUUUAAGAUGCUGCUCCUCUGCCGGUGGAAAAAGAAAAAAGCGGAAGAGAAACUGUAUUGGCAAGGGAACAGCAAGCUACCCUGAAUAGUCAGCAAUGACCCUC